ACAGAGGUCAAAGGAGAGGAGUGCCAGAUACCUGGAUUCCAUGCCUGGCCAGCUUCGUGCCCGACAUUCUAGAUGGAUAUGGAUAUCACAAUCCGGAUGCUCUUGAUUUGUACCGACUGACAGGCGAGCAACUCCCUCCGUGUGCAAAGCGGUUUACUCAAGAGGAAAGCCCAGGGGCCUGGCAAACGGAGGACAAGGCUGAAACCUUCCUACUCAAGCCCUCUGGAAGGGAUGUGUUAAAAUUCCGCCUAAAAAUAACUCUCGCCUGAGAGACCUGAUCACAACAGGCAGGAGAAGGAGGAGAGGAAGGAAAGAGAAUGCCUCUCCAGGGCAAACCAGAGGGGGACAGAGGCUGCACCAAGGUGUCCUAGAGAGGCUCCCGCACAACUGGCAGCGGAAGCUGGCCUGCAGGCAUUUCUUGUCCGGCUUCUGGCAGCGGCAUCUACAGUGUUUUAAUCAAGGUCUGGCAAAAAGGCCCUCCACAGGGAAAGGAAGGUAUGGAGGCUCUCUGGAAUAUUUAUACCUGGGGGAGUUUAGUGGAGCUCUUCAGAAAACGCAUCCUCUGCUUGGAUGAAGGAUUCAGCGAAGCUCAAAAGGCUGCAUGCUUUGACGGCAUCCUACAUAUUGGACCCCGGCUGGGCCUCCAUCAACCGCGGUGUGCUGGUGUGCGAUGAGUGUUGCAGUGUCCACCGCAGCCUGGGGCGCCACAUAUCCAUCGUCAAGCACCUCCGGCACAGCCCGUGGUCCGCCACAUUGCUGCAGAUGGUGCACACGCUUGCCAGCAACGGUGCCAAUUCUAUAUGGGAACACUCGCUGCUUGAUCCAGCCCAGGUCCAGAGCGGGAGGCGCAAGGCCAACCCCCAGGACAAAGUGCACCCCACCAAGUCCGAAUUCAUUCGUGCCAAAUACCAGAUGCUGGCCUUCGUACACAAGCUUCCCUGCCGUGAUGACGAUGGCGUGACUGCCAAGGACCUUAGCAAGCAACUGCACUCAAGUGUCCGGACGGGGAACCUAGAGACCUGUCUGCGCCUGCUCUCUCUGGGGGCCCAGGCCAACUUCUUCCACCCGGAGAAAGGCACCACGCCCUUGCAUGUGGCCGCAAAAGCAGGGCAGAUCCUCCAGGCCGAGCUGCUCGUGGUGUACGGGGCUGACCCCGGAGCCCCCGACGUGAAUGGCCGCACCCCCAUUGACUAUGCCAGGCAGGCCUCCCAGCACGAGCUGGCAGAGCGGCUGGUGGAGUGUCAGUACGAGCUGACGGACAGGCUGGCUUUUUACCUCUGCGGGCGGAAGCCAGACCACAAGAAUGGGCAUUACAUCAUUCCACAGAUGGCGGACAGAGUGCGUCCAAAAUGCAUGUCUCAAAGCCUGGACCUCUCGGAGCUGGCGAAGGCAGCCAAGAAGAAGCUGCAAGCGCUUAGCAACCGCCUCUUUGAGGAGCUUGCCAUGGAUGUUUACGAUGAGGUGGACCGGCGGGAGAAUGACGCAGUCUGGCUUACGACCCAGAACCACAGCACGCUGGUGACGGAGCGCAGCGCGGUGCCUUUCCUGCCAGUAAACCCCGAAUACUCGGCCACGCGCAAUCAGGGGCGGCAGAAACUGGCCCGCUUCAACGCCCGGGAAUUUGCCACCCUCAUCAUCGACAUCUUGAGCGAGGCCAAGCGCCGGCAGCAGGGCAAAGGGUUGGCCAGCCCCACAGAGGCCCUGGACUCUUCCCUGCACGGCCCAAGCGACCUCGACGACCAGCACGAUUACGACAGCGUCGCCUCGGACGAGGACACGGACCAGGAGCCCCUGCGCAGCGCCAACGCCGCCCGCAAUAACCGCGCUCGGAGCAUGGACUCCUCGGACCUCUCCGAUGGGCCCAUCACGCUCCAGGAGUACCUGGAGGUGAAGAAGGCACUGGCCGCCUCCGAAGCCAAGGUCCAGCAACUCAUGAAGGUGAACAACAGCCUGAGCGACGAGUUGCGGCGGCUGCAGAGAGAGAUACACAAGCUGCAGUCGGAGAACCUGCAGAUCCGCCAGCAGGCUGGGCCCGUCCACCCGGUGGUGGCGGCGGCGCCUCCUCCUAGCGAGCGUCCUGACCACAGCCACAUGGCUCCCACGGCCACCGGGGCCCACCGCCGCGACCGCCACGCUGUCUCCAUGUACGAGCCGGGCACCGGUGUGCUCAAACCCUUUGGGCAGCAGCCGAUGGACGACCUGGUGGGCCGUCUGCAGCCCUUCCACCCGGGGGAGGUGGAUGAUGAGAUGCUGUACUCCAUGCACAAUCCGGCCAGUGUGUACAGAAUCCGGAAGGGGGGCUCCAUCUCCUCGAUGCCUUUCCCCCCGUCUUCUCCACUCCUGUCGGGCCCAGCGGAGAGCGGACGCCACAUGUCGGGGAAGCUGGACCGGCACGGCAGUGGCACAGACAGUGACUACGACAACACGCAGGCAGGGGAUCUGCCCCUCAGCAUGGAUGGGAAACGCUUCCUGGACCUCGGCAAGGACGACGACCUGCACCCGGACCCGGAGUCACUAGAAGGGGAUCUGGACCCAGGCCUGCCCAGCACAGAGGAUGUCAUCCUCAAGACGGAGCAGGUCACCAAGAACAUCCAGGAGCUCCUCCGAGCCGCCCAGGAGUUCAAGCACGACAGCAGCUUCGUCCCCUGUUCGGAGAAGAUCCAUGCUGCCGUCACCGAAAUGGCCUCGCUGUUCCCCAAGAAGCCCGCACUGGAGACGGUGCGCAGCUCCCUCCGGCUGCUGAACGCCAGCGCCUACCGGCUGCAGAGCGAGUGCCGCAAGACCGUGCCCCCCGAGCCGGGCGCAGCGGUGGACUACCAGCUCCUGACGCAGCAGGUCAUCCAGUGUGCCUACGACAUUGCCAAGGCCGCCAAGCAGCUGGUCACCAUCACCACCCGGGAGAAGAAGCAGUGAAUCACGGCCCUCCCACCCCCCAACUGGGAUCCUGCAGGCGCCUGGAAGUGUCCUGGGCCCACCCAGCUCCGGCCGUGGGGCUGGCAACGUGGUGCAUCUCGUGACUGUAAAUGAUUGGGGCACAACCUGGGGUGCACGGAGUGGCGUGGGGUGCCUGUGCAGUGGACUCUUGUGUACAUAUUCCCGUCCUGACCCCCAGAGGAGAGGGAGCCCAUCUCAGGCCCUGCUCCUCCUCCUCCCUCCCCAUCCAUAUAUAUAGAGUGUGUGUGGGUGUGGAACUGUAAGUAUGUGCCCCCCCCCGCCCCCACUGCGCAUAUAAGCACCCAAUGUAUUUAUCUCCUGACCCUCCCCCCUGCCUCCUCAAUAGUGUUGACACUGGAAUAGCAACAUCUAGGUGCUGCAGCUAUUGGCACAGGACCCUCCCUGGCACACGCCACCUCUUCCACUCCCCACCUCUACCGAAAGACCCCCAUCUGUUCCUUUGCUGUGGGGCAGGGGUCUGCUUGCUAGCAUUGGCACACACCUUGGCCGUUCAUGGUGGGGCCUUCUCUUCUCACUGCCCCCCAGACUUGUGGAGCUGGGGGCUGCUAACUGGGCUGGGGGCGGUGGCACCUCGGAAGUCUUGUGCGUCCUGUACAUUUGUAUGAAAUAAAGAUGUGAGCAUCCGAGAGCAA